GGGGCUACCGGUAAUUCAACCAGAGAAGACAAAAUGUGUGAUGAACAUGACACGUCGGAACAAUACUAUUUACAGAGGUCCACGAAAGUAUGCAAAAGAAAGCCCCACCUACGACAACAAAAUAACCGCAGUAAAUCUUACAGCAACAAACCUACAUCUCCUCGUCUUGUUAAUGGGCAUACAAAUUGUUUCAGUCUAACAGGAGAUGGUUGCUAUGAGAAUGGUCAUGAAGAUAAUGACGGAGUAGAAGAAGAUAAAAAUUCUAGUCACACGAGCAGAGCUCUUGUAGAUAGUGUUGCACAUGGAAAUUUUUCCUUUGAUGAAGACAACGGUAACAGUGAUGAUGCUGUCGGCGAAAGUAACGGAAGUGAAAACAACGAUCGGUACUGCAUCCUGAAUUGCGACAGCAGUAAGGAUGCUGAAUGUCAAACUGGUGGUGCUAAUGAACUAGGCGAUAGGCACGGGCGCGACGUUGAUGGCAAUCAUGACGCUAACAUAGGCAACGGUAAUGCUGACCAUGAUGAUGAUAAUGAUGGAGCCAAUGCUGCUUCUACUGUUAAAAAUGACGAUGAUAGUGAUGAAGAUGGUGAUAACGGCUGCAAUGGAUAUCACAACCCUCACCACCUCCACCAUGCUAGACACGAACAUAGUGAUGGUGGGGGUGGUGAGGGUAAUACGGUUCGAAGUGGUGACAGGGAUAAUGCUAAAGACCGUGGUAACCGUGGGGAGUUUAAUGGAAAUAGCAACUUUGAUUAUGAAAAUAAAAAUGAUGAUGAUGAAUCAGAAGACGUUGUGGCCAAAUCAAGCUCGUUACCUGUUGAAAGCCUUGUGCCAAGGAAAAGUUUCAAAGAUUUUAAAUUAGCUACCAAGGACACCAAACUUAGUUUACCACUUAACGCUGGCUUGGAUGACCAAGUCAAAUCUCGGACAAUCGGAACUAUAGCGGGGGACAACAAUGGUAACAAAAAGCCGCCGGGGGCUAAAGCGAAAACGUGGCUUACGAGUAAUGAGUACACUGCAAAGAUACCUACGAUGAGUUAUCCACCAAGCCUAGGAUCGAAGACUUCGUCAUUGAGGUUACCUCGAGUAAAUGGGGCGGAAUUAAAUUACUUCAAUAGCAGAAUACCAUCCCUAGAUGCAACAGGUAUCAAUCAAAAUUUCCUUGCGCGACAUACGACAGAUCAAAGUCUACAAUAUGCCUCACAGCCUAGUGAUUUUAAACUAACGAGAGAAUUGACUUCACGUACGGAUUGGCCCGUAUGGAGUCUACCACCUCCUGCAAUGACUGAAACAAAUGAUUUGAGACAUCGAUGGCCUCAGUCAAGUGUACUCUACCCUUCCGUCGGCGGUUAUCAAACUGGGGCACAAAGUAACUGGAAUGAUGAGCCACCUGCAUUAAGGUUACCUACAGUAAAAUCGCCCGCGCCCGUGGUACGUCCCAACGUCACUGCACCAGUCACGGAGUUGCAGCCUUCUGCAAGUGUAACAUCUCAGAGUGUACCUUCAUACAGCUAUCAAUCCAGUGUGUUGCCUGAAAAUUUGCAAGAACGUUUCAAGGAGCCUUCCAUACCCAAUUUCUUUCCAGAAAACCAAGAAAAUGUUCGUCCUAUCAUUUUAUCUGCUUCAAGAAGAGAAGAGGAGACAACUGGUACUGAGGCAUUAUCACCAGAGUUCCCGGAUGACCCCUCACUUGCUGCACUGGAACGCAAGGUGGCGGAGGCAUGCGCAGUAGUUGAAAGGGUUAUGAAAGAACGCGAAGAAAGAACAAAAGCGCAGCGUGAGGCAGCGCGAAAGAAAAGAGAGAUGAGAGAACAAAGAGAAAGAGAGGCAAGAGAAAUGAGAGAAAGAGAAGAAAGAGAAAGGAGAGAAAGUGAAGAAAGAGAAAGGAAAGAAAGAGAAAAGAGAAAAAGGGAAGAUGGAAAAAUGAGAGAAAGACAAGAGAGAGAAAUGAGGGAAAGAGACGGGAGCGAACAGAUAGAAAAUGAAGACAGGGAUACGAGGUGGUUUGGGGGAGAACGGGCGCCUGUCCAAGAGAGCCCGCGAUGGCAGUGCGAGCAUUAUCAGCGGCGUUGCCUCGUUAAGUUUCCUUGCUGUGGAAUAUUCUACCCGUGUCAUCGCUGUCACAAUACAUCAGGGGCGUGUGAUACUGAUGACAGGAAGGCGAAUAAUGCGACGCAUGUCAAGUGUGGCGUAUGUGGACACGAAGAAGAGGUGAGUGUCUGUCACAAUUAAAUCUCAACAGUGAUGAAUACUACAGAUAAGCUCUUGGAAAGAUAAGGAUAUGAACAUUUCUUACAGAGCUAUCACUUAGAGUGUACAGCUCACAUUGUUUCAUACUCUACUUCAAGUUAUUUUUGCACUUGUCGUAACUAACUCUUUCCUUUCCGUCUCUCUCUCUCUCUCUCUCUCUCUCUCUCUCUCUCUCUCUCUCUCUCUUUUUGUGAAAUUUAGAUCAAUGAAGGAAGCCAGUAUUGCAGUGGUUGCGGCGAACAAAUGUCAGCGUAUUUUUGUUUUAUAUGCAAACAUUUUACCGGAGUGGAAAAGAACCCAUUUCACUGCGAUAAAUGUGGUAUUUGUCGGUAAGUUGUUACAGAUAGGAGUUCCGAUAAUGAAUCUAGAUAUAACCAAUUUUAAUUAUUUCUUUACCUCCCGUUUUAGACGUCGAUUUAUUAAGAACAGUUUUGUACAGUCGUUGGUUGAUGGCUUAAAACAAAAGACUUGAUUGCAUUUUGAAAUAAAGAUACUAGUUUUGGCAUUGCGGUUAAGUAAGCGUUGAUAAUACUUAAAACUGCACACGUCUGGGUGAAAGUUUUAUUUAAUAUUCAAACCUAGAUACGACUUCAGUCAGGUGCAUAACGGGAACCUGUUUUUGCGCGUCAGUACAAAUUUGAUGAGAUGGCGUUGAGAUGUUUUUCUGCAAUAGAAAAAGUAAGGUCUAUUUGCGAACAUAAGGAUUUAUUGGCUCUGUAAGGGUUUCAUUUACCUAAAACUGGAGAACAUCUAUAAAUCGUUUAUGUUUUUUUUGUCGUGAACAGUAUCCACAAGGACAAAUCGUUUCACUGUGAUGUUUGCAACGUGUGUCUGGACAAACGACUUGAAGGGAAACAUAAGUGCAGGCCAGAUUCUGGACACGACGAGUGUUGUAUAUGUUUAGAGGUAAGUGGAGACUGACUAUUUUCUACUUAGGAAACAGAACUGAUAAAAUGGCAUUACGAGCCAAGGUCAAACUUGUAUCGUUGCUUAACUUGCAUGUGUGGAAGUUUAUAACAGAGACAAGAGUAAGUGACAAAUGAGUGUGUGUGGCGCAGACCAAGUUGUGUUUUGUUUGGUAUGGUGCACUGCAGUAAUGACUCCCUUUAAACAUUUCAAAUUUCUCCUGGGACGGUGAAGUGAGUGUCGUUUAAAUUUUCCUUUAUUAGCAUCCCUAGUAUCAGUAUUUCAACUGACAGUUGCAUAAACAAUUUGACUGCUUAAUUUCAACCACAAAUAAAACCUUUGUGUCUGAGGUAACAAACCUUUAUACACUUCUGACAGAUAGUUUUGGCAAACCCAGUUUGAACAGUAGCAAAGAGGAGUGUGCCACCAUAUUUAUAGUACAUGCCUUUUGUUCACUGAAAUCAAGCUAGGCGAAAAAGAGUCUAAACAGAUGUUUAUAUUGUAAUUAAAUCAACUUUCUGUACUCUACACAGGAUGCGUUCAGCGGUUGCCAGAUCCUGCCAUGCUCCCACAAGGUCCAUAAGGAGUGUGCCAUUGCUAUGAUUCAGAACGGAGUGUAA